UAUACAGAGAACAGCAUUAUUUGUUCUGGAGAAUUACUACAAGGACUUCCCCAUGUUUAACCAUGAGCCUCCUGUGACCAAGAAAACGAGAAAACAGGAUCAGCACUCUGUGCUCAAAAUGUACAACGUGGAUGAAAAGUAUGCUCUGCUUUCAACGGCCAAGAUGGCGGCAGCCCCAACUCCACCAUACCUUCUGCGACAGCACACAUCUGUUCACCAGCGGCUAGGGCACUCGAUGCGACGGCAUACGAUUAAACAAUAUGCUCUCCUCCAUAGCAGCGUGACCCAGGUUACCAUAACCCUAUGCUUGUUCUCUGCCCGUAGGUUGGUGAUGGCAGUGGAGGAGGCAUUCUCUCAGCUCCAGAGCAUGGCAGGGAAGACUGAGGAUAGCAGGGCUUCACAUGUUCUAAACCCGAGGGAAGCUGCACAGAGCAUAUUUCCUCUGAUAGCCCAGAGCUUGCAAAGAUACCUGCGUACUACACAACAGAGUCACUUGCACAGCAUGGAGGGAAUUGUGCAUCAUCUCACAUUCUGCUUGUCACAAGGGAUGUCACCACAGGCCUUCCUGGAGCAGUACUUGCGGCCUGGACCUCCCCAGCAGUAUCCUACAGCACCAGUGGGUCUGUGGACCUUGGUGAGUGAAGAGUCAGUCACAUGUCCUGUUCGGUCUGGCCUUGCAUUUUCCCUGUAUACCUUAGACACUCGACUGGUGGUCAGUGUCAAUGAAAUACCUGUCCUAAGACUGAAUGAAACUUUUAUACCCCCCAACUCUCAUCGCUUCACCAUAAGGGACAGGCCAGAGAGCAUCCUCUGAUGACACCUCAAGCUAACUGUUAACAUGGAUCCCACACAGGAAAUCACCUCUGCAGAGUGACAUCAUGACAGGGACUGACUGCUAAGGGUUCACCCCAUGACAGAACUUGACCUCUGAGGAGGGGUUACCUCAUGACAGCAACUGACCUCUAAGGACUAACCUCACAACAAGAGCUGACCAAUAAAGGGUGACCCCACAAGAGGAACCAACCGCUGAAGGUAAAUCUCAUGACAGAGACUAACUACUGAGGGGUGAUCUCAUGAGAGCAACCAACUAAUGUAGACCACUGAGGGGUGAUGUUACAACUGACUUUGAAGGGAUGACCUCACCAGAUGAACUGACCACUGAGGGGUCACGUUACAACUGACUGCUAAGGGAUGACCUCACCAGAGGAACUGACCAUGGAGGGGUGAUGUUACAACUGACUGCUAAGGGAUGACCUCACCAGAGUAAUUGACCACUGAGGGGUGAUGUUACAACCAACUGCUAAGGGAUGACCUCACCAGAGGAACUAACUACUGAGGGGUGAUGUUACUACUGACUGCUAAGGGAUGACCUCACCAGAGGAACUGACUACUGAGGGGUGAUAUUACAACUGACUGCUAAUGGAUGACCUCACCAGAAGAACUGACCACUGAGGGGUGAUGUUACAACUGACUGCUAAGGGAUGACCUCUCCAGAGGAACUGACAACUGAUGGUUGAUGUUGCAACUGACUGCUAAGGGACGACCUCACCAGAGGAACUGACCACUGAGGGGUGAUGUUACAACUGACUGUUAAAGGGAGGGGUUACUUCAUGACAUCAACUGACCUCUAAGGACUAACCUCACAACAAGAGCUGACCAAUAAAGGGUGACCCCACGAGAGGAACCAAUCACUAAAGGUAAAUCUCAUGACAGCAACCAACUGCUGUAGACCACUGAGGGGUGAUUUUACAACUGACUUUGAAGGGAUGACCUCACCAGAGGAACUGACCACUGAGGGGUCAUAUUACAACUGACUGCUAAAGGAUGACCUCACCAGAGGAACUGACCAUGGAUGGGUGAUGUUACAACUGACUGCUAAGGGAUUACCUCACCAGAGGAACUGACCACUGAGGGGUGAUGGUACAACUGACUGUUAAGGGAUGACCUCACUAGAGGAACUAAUCACUGAGAGGUGAUGUUACAACUGACUGCUAAGGGCUAAUCUCACCAGAGGAACUAAGUUCUGAGGGGUGAUGUUACAACUAACUGCUAAGGGAUGACCUGAUCAGAGGAACUGACUACUGAGGGGUGAUGUUACAACUGAUUGAUAAGGGAUGACCUCACCAGAGGAACUGACUACUGAGGGGUGAUGUUACAACUGACUGCUAAGGGAUAACCUCACCAGAGGAACUGAGUACUGAGGGGUGAUAUUACAACUGACUGCUAAGGGAUGACCUCACUAGAGUAACUUACCACUGAGGGGUUUUGUUACAACUGACUGCUAAGGGAUAACCUCACCAGAGGAACAAACCACUGAGAGGGGAUGUUACAACUGACUGCUAAGGGAGGACCUCACCAGAGGAACUGACCACUGAGCGGUGAUGUUACAACUGACUGCUAAGAGAUGAUCUCACUAGAGGAACUGACCACUGAGAGGUUAUGUUACAACUGACUGCUAAGGGAUGACCUCACCAGAGGAACUGACCACUGAGGUGUGAUGUUACAACCAACUGCUAAGGGAUGACCUCACCAGAGGAACUAACUACUGAGGGGUGAUGUUACAACUGGCUGCUAAGGGAUGACCUCACUAGAGGAACUGACCACUGAGAGGUUAUAUUACAACUGACUGCUAAGGGAUGACAUCAAUAGAGGAACUGACCACUGAGGGGUGAUGUUACAACUGACUGCUAAGGGAUGACCUCACUAGAGGAGCUUACCACUAAGGGGUGAUGUUACAACUGACUGCUAAGGGAUUACCUCACUAGAGGAACUGACCACUGAGGGGUGAUGUUACAACUGACUGCUAAGGGAUUACCUUACCAGAGGAACUGACCACUGAGAGGUGAUGUUACAACUGACUGCUUAGAGAUGACCUCAACAGAGGAACUGACCAGUGAGGGGUGAUGUUACAACUAACUGCUAUGGAAGACCUCACUAGAGGAACUGACCAGUGAGAGGUGAUGUUACAACUGACUGCUAAGGGAUGACCUCACUAGAGGAACUGACCACUGAGGGGUGAUGUUACAACUGACUGCUAAGGGAACUGACCACUGAGAGGUUAUAUUACAACUAACUGCUAAGGGAUGACCUCACCAAAGGAACUGACUACUGAGGGAUGAUGUUACAACUGACUGCUAAGGGAUGACCUCACCAGAGGAACUAACCACUGAGGAGUGAUUUUACAACCGACUGCUAGGGAAUGACCUCACCAGAGGAACUGACUACUGAGGGUUGAUGUUACAACUGAAUGCUAGGGGAUGACCUCACCAGAGGAACUGACCACUGAGGGGUGAUGUUACAACUGACUGCUAAAGGAUGACCUCACCAGAGGAACUGACCACUGAGGGGUGAUGUUACAGCUGACUGCUAAGGGAUGACCUCACUAGAGGAACUGACCACUGAGGGGUGAUGUUACAGCUGACUGCUAAGGGAUGACCUCACUAGAGGAACUGACCACUGAGGAGUGAUUUUACAACCGACUGCUAGGGAAUGACCUCACCAGAGGAACUGACCACUGAGGGUUGAUGUUACAACUGACUGCUAGGGGAUGACCUCACCAGAGGAACUGACCACUGAGGGGUGAUGUUACAACUGACUGCUAAAGGAUGACCUCACCAGAGGAACUGACCACUGAGGGGUGAUGUUACAGCUGACUGCUAAGGGAUGACCUCACUAGAGGAACUGACCACUGAGGGGUGAUGUUACAGCUGACUGCUAAGGGAUGACCUCACUAGAGGAACUGACCACUGAGGGGUGAUGUUACAACUGACUGCUAAGGGAACUGACCACUGAGAGGUUAUAUUACAACUGACUGCUAAGGGAUGACCUUACCAGAGGAACUAACCACUGAGGGGUGAUGCUACAACUGAAUGCUAAGGGAUGACCUCACCACAUGAACUGACCACUGAGAGGUGAUGUUACAACUGACUGCUAAGGGAUGACCUCACCAGAGGAACUGACCACUGAGGGGUGAUGUUACAACUGACUGCUAAAGGAUGACCUCACCAGAGGAACUGACUACUGAGGGGUGAUGUUACAACUAACUGCUAAAGGAUGACCUCACCAGAGGAACAUACCACUGAGGGGUGAUGUUACAACUGACUGCUAAGGGAUGACCUCACCAGAGGAACUGACCACUGAGGGGUGAUGUUACAACUGACUGCUAAAGGAUGACCUCACCAGAGGAACUGACUACUGAGGGGUGAUGUUUCAACUGACUGCUAAAGGAUGACCUCACCAGAGGAACUGACUACUGAGGGGUGAUGUUACAACUAACUUCUAAAGGAUGACCUCACCAGAGGAACAUACCACUGAGGGGUGAUGUUACAACUGACUGCUAAGGGAUGACCUUACCAGAGGAACUGACCACUGAGGGGUGAUGUUACAACUGACUGCUAAAGGAUGACCUCACCAGAGGAACUGACUACUGAGGGGUGAUGUUACAACUGACUGCUAAAGGAUGACCUCACCAGAGGAACUGACUACUGAGGGGUGAUGUUACAACUGACUGUUAAGGGACAACCUCACCAGAGGAACUGACCACUGAGGUGUGAUAUUAUAACCACUGACCAGUGGGAUCAUCUCAUAAAAGGAAAUAACCAUUGAGAGUUGAGCUCUAUAAUCGCAACUGACCGCUGAGGGGCAACCUGAUGCCAAGAGCUAACUGUCCUCUGCUACUCCAUGUGAUACUGAUACGGCAUUAUACAGAUUGUAUUUAUUUAUCUGUUCACUUGUUUUUUGUGCAACUAUCAUAUGGAGACAUUUACUGGAAUCCUUUAAUAUAUAUAUUGGAAAUAUACAAUGCUUGUUUUUAUUCUGUUUAGUCUUCCUUUCAUCGGAGUCACCAAAAACUCAAUAUGGGCUUUGCCAAAUAUGUUUUUUUAUUAUUGAAUGUAAAUGUGUCUGUAUGUGUGUGCUAAUAUACAUGCACCUAAAUAUCCGUAUCCUUGUGUACACUUGUAUCUGUAUAUGUGUGUGCUAAUAUAAAUGAGCCUAAAUAUCUGUA